AUGCUCGCAUCUUCGCUCCAAAGUGCUCUGUGCUGUUGGUCAGCACAGCAGCAGAGUCCACCCUCGUCCCCCACCUUGCCCUGCAGUAGCGGACAUUCUGCAGCAACGUGCACCGGCAGCUCGAUCGAAUACCCCAACAGCGAAAAGGCAGUUAUGACAACCGACACAGCCAAUUCAACGGCACAAGACACGAACGCGACCAAGCAUUGCUCCUAUCAUCAACCCAGCGGGGUAAUUCCUGCAGACCAAUCAUUCCACGAGAAAGACGCCCACAGCGAAGAUUCCUCUCCUCAGUCUGUCCACCCGCGCGCAUCCUCACCCGCGCGACACCAUCCCCGGCGACUGAGCAACCACUCGAUAGCAUCGACAGCUUCCCGGAGCAGCUAUCUCCGCGGCUUCCUCUCCUCCAAGAAGAGCCAUCCCGAGCUCUCGUCCUCAUCAUCUAGCAAUGAACACCAGCAGAUCCAGUCCUCGUCGGGCAAGUCGUCCUCCAAAAAUUUUUCGCUUCAAAGCCUUUAUUACCCUAGGAACACCAUGACAGCAGCAGCAGCAGCAGCACCAUCAUCACCGUCCGCCAGCACACACGCCCUCCCGAGAACUAGUACCAGCUCACUUUCGAACGUCAGGUCGACCUCUGGCUCGUUCUCAAGGAUGAGCAGCGGCACAGCAAUUGGUCCCUUGGCCCCACUGGCUUUUGAGGGUCCCAGAGCAUUGGGCUUAGUCCCUCCAUCCACUCCUCCAUCAAUAAUGGCACCUUCACCUCCAGCAUCAUUAAUACCACCACCUCCACAACUGGCGUUGACCGCGCCACCAGCAGUGCCUUCGACUUCAAUGCCACCACAGUCAAGUCCAAUGUAUACAGACAAUUCAUCAGAGGCAUUACCAUUGCCCCCCACGUCCUCACCACUGUUGGCGCCUACUCUUUCAUUGACCUUACCAACUAAGCCGGUGUCAAUACCAACCAAGAGCACACCGAUGCUCACGACGAGCCUCUCGCUGCCCCUCUCGCCAACUUCGCCUCCAUCUCUGUCAGUAUCCCCAUCGUCACCCUCGCCAUCGACAUUAUCACUCCAGCCCCUCUCGCUCUCGGCUCUCUCCCAUUCCUACUCCUCCGCAUCCUCAUCCUCAUCCUUCUCUGCCGCAUCUUCUCCCAACACUUCCCCAUCUACUUCACCUACAGAAACAUCCUCAUGCCAUUUGAUCUCGUCGCCUCUCCAGUCCGAUCUCACGCCCUAUCCUGCAUGUGCCAUCUCACCCGCAAGGUUAGCAGCGCUAAUUGAACGAGGCGAGCUAAGCAAACAAGGCGUCAGUGCUGGUCCACGUCCCUUGGUGCUCGAUCUUCGUCCAAACCCCGAUUUCGACCCAAUCUCCAUCGUGCAUUCGAUCAACAUCAACCUGCCGACGCUGCUCAUGAGGCGGUACCGGAGAGGUGGCGCUGUGGCUUCCUUUGCGCUGGAAUCCUUUAUCACGAUGCCCUCGGACAAGGAUAUGUUCCAUUUAAUUCAGGAUGGCUGGCGGCAGGAUCUCGAUCAGGACGGUAACGAAGUGCCCCAUGAUGUCGUUGUGUUAGAUCAGGACAUGCAACCUGGCAAAGAAGAGUACGGGCGAUCCCCAAGUCCCGCAUGGACGCUUGUCAGUGUUUUGGAGCGAGGCGGAGGAAACUGCGGAGGACCUAUUCGAUUGUGGUUUCUUGAGGGCGGGUUCGAGGCUUUCGAGGCCUGGGAGCUUGGGGAGAAGUUCUUGAUGCGGCCAGGAUCGACCUUUGAGUUGAGCGUGACGCAAGAGGGAUCUUCGAAGGAGUCUCAGAAGCAGGACGUUGAGAUGACCCUGGCAGAGAACCAGGACGGAAAAAUACACCCGCUGUCGUUGCCUCUAUCCUUGCCAAGCAACUCGACUUCGUCAACGAUCACGGACGCAAAGACAGCCCAGGCGAUCGACCACGCAGUGUCGCUCACGAAUGCUUCUUUGGGAGGCGCACCACGACAGCGUGGCGCACCCACACGCAGAGAGAGCUUGUUCUCGUUGAAUACAAAGUCAUUGCAGCGUCCCGCCGGGUUGUCGAGGGCGCAGACAAUCGGUGUCAGUGCUUUGAACAUCAAGCCGUUGUCGAUUCCACCCCUGAACACGGGCCUUCAGCCGCUCCAGGAAGGCGCUGCAAGCACGAAUGGUAGCGGACUCUCUCAUCCACUCCCACCACUGCGCCAUAAGGGUAGCUGGCUGACGGUCCCGACAGGCGCAUCUACACCCUCGCCGGCUAUGUCGCUCAAGAACAACUCGAUGGAGAUCGCACACUCAGCCUCGCCCGACCACGCUUCGACAUGGUCAGCCAAUUCAGGAGGAUCCAUUAAUGGGGAUGCUGCCUCUGGUCAACAGGGGCCGAUGUCGGACUCUAGAAAGUCCAUCUCUUCAAGCACGACACUGUUUUCACUGAAUCAAUCCGGAACGUCGCAUGGUAUCCAGGAGGAGGAUGAAGAGAGUGGCGCACCAGCUCAUCCAUUCCACCAGACAUCGCGCGGCCCCAGCUUGCGUCGUUACCACAGCGAGGCAACGUAUGGCCCUCUGUCCCCCACCGCGUCUCAUUUCGACAUGGGUGCUUCCGGCAACAGCAGCAACAACAAUAGUGCCAGUGGAUUCCACCAAGAGUACCAGUCCCGAAUGUUUGCUGACGGAAUCGACAGCUACACCAACAGCAUCCACAGCAACAACCUCAGGAACAUGGCGACGAUGAGGGGCUAUCAGGGUUACGAUGAUGAAAUGGGCGAAGAGGGCGGCGACGAUGGCGAGCAACAGAUCUCGUGCAUCCUGCCCAACUUUUUGUACCUGGGACCCGAGAUUGCAAGGGAGGAGCAGGUUCAGGAACUGGAGCGGUUGGGUAUCAAGCGCGUGCUGAACAUGGCGCGCGAGUGCGAGGAUGCGUUGGUGGUCAACCACCCUGGAAUGGAGUAUCACAAGAUCGGAGUCCACGAUCAUAUCGAGGCAGACGUCAGCGCUGGUCUAUUGCAAGCCGUUGAUUGUAUUGCUGCCUCGAAUGAUGCCGCGAUCUAUGUGCACUGCAAAGCCGGAAAGUCGCGCUCCGUUACAGCGAUCAUCGCUUACCUGAUCACACAGCUGCACUGGUCCCUUAACAAGGCGUACAACCAUGUGCUGACCCAACGGCCAUGCAUGUGUCCCAACAUCGGGUUCGUGACGGAGCUGAUGCGUAUGGAGGAGCGGACGUUGGGAACUGAGCGUGCGGGAGGUCUGGCCCGUGCGGGAUCGUUGAACAGUAUCCUGUCCCUGUCGACGGCCGGCUCCGGAGCACACAAUCCUCACCACCCCCACCAUCAUCAUCAUCACCACAGUCUGCAGCACCAUCAUUCGUUGAGCAUGGGCGGGUCGCCAAAGAUGCUGAGCGCGAAAAGUAGCAUGAACAGUCUCGCGAUCAUGUCGCCGCCUUUUCAGCAGCGGCUUUCUAAUGAUGGUCCUCAGGGACCGUUUUAA